CGCGAAAAGAUACUGUCCAAGGAAAAGGGAUAAAAACGCAGUGGUUGCAAGCCCAUCCUCUGUCGCAUCCCACAUCGCAUUGGGUCUAGUCUCAUUCACUCCGCGACGCACCUCAUACUCAGAACUCAACAUGAAGCUUACAACCAUUCUUCCUCUCGUCGCCCUUGCUGCCACUGCCGCCAGUGCUGCUCCUACUGAACCUACACCUGACCCCAACCAGGUCUACGUUAAGGGCGUCAGCUACAAUGGCUCUGGAUGUCCCAUAUCUCCUCCUUCCGCUCAAGUCGUCUUGGCCGAUGACAAAAAGUCCUUCACUGUUCUCUUUGAUAAAUUCAUCGCGUCCGCUGGCCCGGGCAUCCCCAGAACUGAGAACCGCAAGAACUGCCAGUUGACCGUCCAACUUCAUAUUCCUGGUGGAUGGCAAUAUUCGAUUGCCUCUGCGGACUUCCGUGGUUGGGCCGAGCUUGACAAGGAUGUCACCGGUCGUCAGCAAUCCAUCUACUACUUCCAGGGAGAUGGCCGCACCACUACGACGGAAAUGAGUGUGAACGGUCCCAUCGCUAAAAACUACGCCAUUCGUGAUGAGAUUGACUUUACAUCCCAGUCUUGGUCCCCUUGCGGCGAAGAUCGUCCGGUAAACAUCAACACCAGCAUCUUCGUAUCGAACACCAAGAACCCCAAAGCUGGAGGUGUCCUCACCACUGACUCUGUAGACGGCAAGAUCGUUCAAAAGUACCAGUUCCAAUGGAAAAAAUGCCCCCAGGCAAAGGCUUAAGUGUUUGAUCGCCGAGUCAAGUAGCGUCGCUGCUGUCACUUCUAUGCAUCAUGAAUACAUAAGAUAUCCAACCAA